CGGCGAAGCCCAAGGCCAAAACCCCACCAAAACCUCUCCGGCGGCGGCGUCCGGUUUCCACCCCACGCCGGCCGCCUCCCCAGCACCGACAAUUCCGGCUGUGUCGACCAUGCGCGGCCGUUUCGACCUCCUCCCGCGCCUACUGCUCCGCCGCCACGCCCACCGGCGGUCCAAGCCCUCGUCCCCACCGCCCCCUCCUCCUCCCCCCAACCCGCCGCGCCCGCCGCAGAAGCCGGACCCUGUCUCCAUCCACGGGGAGACGUGGCAGGACAACUACGCCUGGAUGGGCGCCCUCUCCGACGCCGCCGCCAUGCGCCACAUGGACGUCCACAUGGAGGCCGAGGAGAAGUACGCCGAGGCCUGCCUCGCCGCCUGCGGCGCCGACCGCCUCUCCCGGAAGCUCCAGCUCGAGAUGGCCUCCCGACUCGCCUCGGACGCCUGCACCCCGCCCGUCCGCUGGGGUCCCUGGCUCUAUUACCGACGCACGGACGAGGGCAAGCAGUAUCCCGUGCUUUGCCGCCGCUCCGCUAAGCUCCACAGCGAGUUUGUCUCGUACAGUGACCCCUCCGCUGGGUUUGACUUCACGGCUGGGAAGCGCAUCGAGCAAAAAUUGGUGGACUACAAUAAGGAGGCCGAGCGAUUCGGAGGAUACUCAUAUGAGGAGCUGUCUGAAGUAUCUCCAGAUCACAGGUUCAUUGCAUACACAAUGUAUGACAAAGAUAAGGACUCCUUCACUUUAAUGGUCAGGGACCUAGUAACAGGGACACUUUGUGAUAAGCCUCGCGCUGAUCGGGUAUCAAAUAUUUCAUGGGCUAUGGACGGGAAAGCAUUGGUUUAUAUUGUUACAAAUGAGGAAAGAAGGCCGUACCGAUUGUUUUGCAGCAUGAUUGGAUCCAACAAGGAUGACAUUCUCAUUUCGGAAGAACCUGAUGAGAAUAUUUUUCUAAAUAUCAGGCAUACCAAGGAUUUUCGGUAUAUAACAUUAAAUGUCUUUUCGGACAUUCAUUCAAAGGUGUAUUUAAUAAAAUCCUCUGAUCCCUUGUCCCAAAUGAAACUUGCAUGGGAAGGGGAAUCCCAAGUUCAUUGCAUUGUUGAACAUCAUCGCGGGCACCUUUAUUUGUUUACAGAUGCUGCAAGAGAAGGUGUCCCUGUUGAUUCACAUUAUCUAAUGCAGUCUGAUGCGGAAUCUCCUGGGCCUAAGAGUUGGAAGAAUGUUUUUAUCGAGGAGCCUGGUGUCAUUCUUGAAGAUGUUGAUUUUUGUGAUACUCAUAUGGUGCUCACUUUGAGACAAGGCAGAAAACUUAGACUUUGUGCAAUUAAGUUGCCUCUAACUGAAGGCAUCAAUGUACCUGCUCAUCUAUCAGAUUUCCAUCCAUUUGACCUGCCCCUUCCCAAUGAUGUGUGUCAGAUUGUAUCUGGGCCAAAUUAUGAUUAUUGUUCCUCAACAAUGCGUUUCACAAUAUCGUCACCUGUGAUGCCUGAUGCUGUUGUUGACUACAACUUAUUGAAUGGAAAGUGGCAGAUAGUACAACAACAAAACAUGCUUCAUGAACGAACAAAAGCACUGUAUGGUACUGCUUUUGCUGCAAAUACAGGCAGGUUAUCCUCAGACAGAGCUGAUUUUCCAACUGAAGAUUUUGAAGAUUGUGCUUGGAAUGAGCUCUCUGAAUACUAUGCUUGUGAAUACUACGAUGUUCCAUCAAAGGAUGGUGUUUUGGUUCCACUGACUUUAGUAUAUUCACGGAAGCAUAAGCAAGAUGGAAAUCCAGGAUUACUUCAUGGACAUGGGGCUUACGGUGAGAUUCUGGAUAAACGUUGGCGCAGUGAGUUAAAGAGCCUACUGGAUCGCGGUUGGGUGAUUGCCUAUGCUGAUGUUAGGGGAGGUGGAGGUUAUGGUAAGAAGUGGCACCAAGAAGGUUCACGGACCAAAAAAAUGGAUUCUGUAUGUGAUUUCGUUUCUUGUGGAGAGUUUCUUCUUGAAAAGGGUAUCAUACAAGAAAAUAAGCUUGCUGGAUGGGGAUAUAGUGCUGGAGGGCUUCUGGUGGCUUCAGCAAUUAAUACUCGCCCAGAUUUGUUUCGUGCUGCUGUACUAAAGGUCCCUUUCUUGGAUGUUUGCAACACCCUUCUCCAUCCAAUUCUACCUCUUACAGCCAUUGAUUAUGAAGAGUUUGGGUUCCCUGUGGACCAUGAAGAGUUCCUUGCAAUCAGAAAGUAUUCUCCUUAUGAUAACAUUCAGAGGGAUGUUCCUUACCCAGCUGUGUUUGUGACAUCAUCAUUCAAUACAAGGUUUGGUGUAUGGGAAGCAGCUAAAUGGGUUGCAAAAGUCCGUGAAAUUACUCAAUAUGAUCCAGAGAGGCCUGUGAUUCUCAAUUUGACUACAGAUGUCGUAGAAGAAAGCAAGUAUUUGCAGACUAAGGAAUUAGCAUUGGAGACUGCCUUUCUAAUCAAGAUGGUAAACAAUGUGUGAUCAGCGGGUUUUAUCUUUCAGGAUAAAAAACUGUUGCUCAAAGAUGCAAAGCUGAGGUUGACAGGCUGUGAUGGCAAUCCUCUACAUGCAACACAAUCUGAAGUAUCAAUCCAUUAAGUGGAGCUUUUAUGAGAAUGCCUGAUGAAAUCAUAUGUGCGUAUCCUUGAAUCAUGUGAGGUCCCAUACUCAUGACCAGUUCCCAAUUGGUCUGGUUGUCUGCCACCAUGGUUAGAUAACUUGAAUUCCGAAAACUGUAAUCUACUUAUCUCAAGGGGCAUGCUGAUGUUCGACAAGUGCACAGAACACACAGUGUGGACAUGCCCUCCUUGAUGCUGAAUUUUACCUUUGGUAUGCUUCUCCAAUAGACACAGUAUACUGCUACUAAGGUGGUGUUUGGUUCAAUACUAGGUGCGGUAACGUUAAUGCAAUCGGAAAGCAGUGCCAUCCAUUCCAGUUUAAGGAAUAGCGGUAUUUGCUUGGUUGGACCUCACAAACAUUUGUGCAAGCAGAAAAUGGGGCAGAAUGUGAUUAGCAGAAAAUGGGGCGGAAUGUGAUUACGCGGGCUGGUGGACGGUAUCGCUGUUCCGAAAGACCGUAACCAAUACGGUGCUAACUGAUUAUGUCCUAGCCGAACCAAAUAGCAACCGAUGUGAUUCAAUACCAGUGUGGACAGAUAACGGAGCGAAAUGCCCCAACCAAACACGUAGUAAGUGUUGACAUGCCCUCCUUGAUGCUGAAAUUUGCCUUUCGUAUGCUGCUACAAUUGACAUGUCUUCAACUCAUGGCAAAUUAGUUAUCAUCAAAUCAAGUUUUGCUCUCUUCAUUAUUUCAACCAUGGGAAUUGACAUUGAUUGCUGCAUCAAGUUAAUAGUACCAUAAUAAUCUCAUAUUGUAGAUUUGAAAGAGCUGGUAUCGAAAAUGGAGGCUAGGUGGAGUAAAAUUUGACUCAGACAAAGCCCUGCUGAAUGUACCACUGUAGUUUGGGCCACGUGCACUAUGGCAGAAGCAGACAAACAUAACAUAUGUGUCAUAGCAGCAGCUACAAUUUCAUCCUGAAACUUCUGACAGAUUAUGAAUGGCCAUCGAAGGGCACAAGAGGGGACAGAGCCAACUUGUUGCUAUAAUGAAAAGGGCGGGUCACAUAUAGGAUCUUGUGUAACCUGAUGCUUUGUUCAAGCGGGCAUCUGGAAUCGGUAAGUUGCAAAUAUAUGGCAGGCGUGUCAGCACAAUAUAUUGGAGGCUUGGGUGAAAAGCAUUUGUCUGUCUGUCGAAAGUCGACCAGUUGUACAAAUACGUAUCUACGAUCUUCAUCUCCAAAUUUAAAUUUGUAUAAUUCAUCUCAUUGUUGGAUGUAUUGAACUUCACGUGUUCAAAGUUACAAUUUAGACUGUCUACUGUGUUGAUGCCUUGCAAGUUGGACCACAUUUGAGUGUACUCUUCAGAGCAUGAACAGAACCAGUGUUGUUUCUCCGUAUGUUGGCAGCCAGUUCAUAGCUUCCUAGUCAGGUUAUUAAUGCCAGGGCUCAAGAGUCAGGACCAUAUUCCUAGCAACACUGUCACCAUUAUCUCGAAUGUUUCCAGCAGCAUAUGAUCGGCUUAACAUGGUUUAUAACGAAGUUGUGGAGGUUGGAGUGGUAAAUUUGAGAGCUCAAAACAAGGCUUAACAUGGUUUAUAACGAAGUUGUGGAGGUUGGAGUGGUAAAUUUGAGAGCUCAAAACAAGGCUUUACUCUUGAAGCAUGUAGACAAGUUCUACAACAAAAGGGACAUUCUCUGGGUAACAUGAUCUGGCAUUCCCACUACUCAAAUGAUCAAAUUCCACAUGCAAGCACUGACAAGGGUUCCUUCUGGUGAAGGAAUCUGCUCAAACUCGGUGAUCACUUCAGAGGUGUUGCAACUUGUCAAAUAGGCGAUGGCAUAACUGUCUUAUUCAGGCAUGACGUCUGGAAUGGGCAUUGUCUUCGGCAAAAAUUCCCAAGGCUUCUCACUUGUGCCAAAAACAAUAAAAUUUCAGUAGCUGUUUUUUUUUUCAGAAACAAUGUCAUCAAUGACUAGCUUUUCUUGCCUCUCUCUAAGGAAGCAUUUCAGGAAUACCAAGAGCUCAAUGUUUUUAAA